AUGAUAGAGGGGACCACACCAUCCCCUCUGUUCUCCGCUGGUCCCGAGCUCCCCUCGCCACGGACCCGGCGGUGCCCCGAGCCCGGACACGGUGCUGCCCCUCUAAUCCCCUGUGGACACGACUCAUCCCGGCCCUGCGAGGGGGUGCCGCUACCUCGGGCCCACGGCUCCGCGAGGCCGAAACGGGAACGCAAGCAAAACCGACCCCGAUCCCGGCAGGAGCCACCGCCUUCUGAUGACGCGAGGUUGCCUCGUGAUGCGGUGAGGCACCGCCUCCGCGGGCCCGAAGCUGCGGAGAUUGGCCCCAAAACAAGGGAGGCAAUACAUGGACGGCAGGGACAUGGCAAGUGGGCAUCCAGCCCCGGGCGCUGCCGUCCACGGCCGCCCCAACACACCGCGACAGCGGCCGCGGUGACGCCGCCCCGCCCCGGGGCCGCGGGGAUGGACGCGGAGAGCGCCGGCGGCCGAGACAGCGCUGCAGGAGCAGGACCAGGAGGAGGAGGAGGAGGUGGACAGGGGGUCUUCGUGUCCGCCCUCUCUCCCUAGGUGAGCUCACGGAUUUUCGGCGGCCUGGACGUGGAGAGCCUGUGCCACGCGUCUUCGGCGUGCAAGGGCUGGCGCGUCAUCGAGGGCAACGGGCACCACUGCCUGGCCGUGCGGGCCGUCUGCCGGCGCGAGAUCGACUGCGACUGCGGGAAGGACUAUUCCUGGAAGAUCACAUUAUUGAGAAAGUACCAGAAAAACAAGGUGAAGCAAGAAUGGCUGAGAGGGAAAUAUAGCAACAUUCCUUCACAACAUAGCUUACCAGAGAAAAUCAUGUAUCCCAUGGGCGUUGACACAUGAGGAGAAAUCUUGGAAGCAGAACUUGAAAGAUAAGAAACCAGUGCUGAUUCUUGCAACUCAAAAACCUUUUGCCAAUGACGCACAAACUGUUUGGCAAUUGUCAAACUGAUUUUGAGGGAUUUUUAACUGAUUUUGAACUGAUGAUGAAAGUUUCUCAGGAGAAGUUACGGAUGUCUUUUUCUUUGCAGUUUAUCGUAUUAAUUUUAUGUAAAAUUCUAAAUAAGACUAAAUGUUCAGUUGUAAUUUAUAUUUAUAAAUUUAAUACUCUGCCGUAUUGUCAAAAAUAUUGUAUUUUCAAUUUGCACUUUUUCUUUUGAAAGAGAUGACUUUUAUUUAAAAAAAGAGAGGUAUGUUUCACUUGAAGUGUAUCUUACCAGCAGCACAAGAACCCACAAAGGAAGACUGGGUUAGGGACAAAUACAGACACUGGAAAGAAAAGAAGAUGACAAAGUGGGCACCUCACUAUUAGCUGAACAUUCCCAGUGUCCACCUCAAGGGACGAAGUCCUCAAAGGAUCUCUAAACUUGCACCCCAGUUUUUGGCACCAGCUUGCAAAACUGCUCCUAGUAAAAGAGGAUGCACCUGUCACGUUAUCUAACAUGAAAGUGACCACAAAUUCAAUUUAUUACAAUUCUCUUUGACUAUCACCUUUCCCUACCUUCUUUGCACUAAA